UGCGGCUUCAGGGAGUUGCGGAGUGGGACAAGGCGACCACGUGAACAGGCAGGCCGGGCACUCCCAGGCUGGGCAGGGUUGCGUCUGCUCAAGUCCGGACUCCGUCCUGGCCCCUCCCCAUCACCCCCCUCCCAGAGGAGGGUCUCCUCCUGGUGAGCACAAAAAUGUCCCAGGCCCCCUCCAGUGGCCUCCUCUCAUCAUGGGGUGACGGUGGUGGAGUGGAGAUGACUCGGAGCUCGGGGCUGGCCUAGGGUGCCGUGUCCAACCUGGCAAGUGAGGCCACUGUCUCCAUCCCCACUUGAGGGCCCGCGGGGGCACUGGGCACGUGGGAGGGCCGCCUGGUCAGGGGAGCUGGAGUGGAGGGCCAGGCCCGGCCGAGCAGGCCUGCAUCACACCUUCACCCACUGCCCACCUCCCUCCAGCCGCAGCUGCAGCCACAGGCGGGUGUGGCUAGGGCGGGCGUCUUGGGAAGGGACAGGCACUCUGACCAGCAGUGCUCUCUGAGUCCUGUCUCACGACAGGGGCAGUGGGAGAUGGAAGAAGGGGAGACCCCCCCUCCUGAGGAUGUGGCACCCUCUAGCCGUCAGCCACGGAUUUCAGGGGCCUCGGGGCCAAGGAGCGGGUGCUGGCCAGGCAGGCUGGGCUGUUCCCUUGGUGUGGGAAGAAGAGUCAGGAAGGAAUGUAACUGCCCUUUGCUGCCCCACGUGCCAGGAGCUGGAAGUCCAGUGAGGUAACCAGCCAGCCUAGAGGGCACACCGCCUAAGCACCUGGGACAGGCUGCAGGCUCUAGGGCUCUGGGGCCCCCCUGAACCCCGCCCCAGGUUCAUGGCCCACCCUGGGGACUGACAAGGUGGAGCGUUCACAUUGCAGCCCCACAGGCCCUGCACGCCGGGUCUGCAGCCUGCCGCGGGGGCAGAGACAGAGCCUCGGCGGACAAGCCCUCCCGGCCCAGCGCCUGCCGCAGGAGGCCGACCGUCCUCGGAGCAGCUUCUGCCAGGGACGCGGAACCAGCCCUCCUGGCCAUGGGAGGGGCCGUGGUCGACGAGGGCCCGACAGGCAUCAAGGCCCCGGACGGGGGCUGGGGCUGGGCCGUCCUCUGGGGCUGUUUCGUCAUCACGGGCUUCUCCUACGCCUUCCCCAAGGCGGUCAGCGUCUUCUUCAAGGAGCUCAUGCGUGAGUUCGGCAUCGGCUACAGUGACACGGCCUGGGUCUCCUCCAUCCUGCUGGCCAUGCUGUACGGGACAGGCCCGCUCUGCAGUGUGUGUGUGAAUCGCUUUGGCUGCCGGCCCGUCAUGCUCGCGGGGGGCCUCUUGGCGUCCCUGGGCAUGGUGUCCGCGUCCUUCUGCGGAAGCAUCGUUCAGCUCUACCUCACCACUGGGGUCAUCACCGGCUUGGGUUUGGCGCUCAACUUCCAGCCCUCGCUCAUCAUGCUCAACCGCUACUUCAACAAGCGGCGCCCCAUGGCCAACGGGCUGGCGGCGGCGGGCAGCCCCGUGUUCCUGUGCGCCCUGUCGCCGCUGGGGCAGCUGCUGCAGGACCACUACGGCUGGCGGGGCGGCUUCCUCAUCCUGGGCGGCCUGCUGCUCAACUGCUGCGUGUGCGCCGCGCUCAUGCGGCCCCUGGAGGCGCCCGGAGGCAGGCAGGGGCCCGGGCCGCAGCGGCCGGCGCGCCGGCUGCUGGACCUGAGCGUCUUCCGGGACCGCGGCUUCGUCAUCUACGCCGUGGCGGCCUCCGUCAUGGUGCUGGGGCUCUUCGUGCCGCCCGUGUUCGUGGUGAGCUACGCCAAGGACCUGGGCGUGCCCGACACCCGGGCGGCCUUCCUGCUCACCGUGCUCGGCUUCAUCGACAUCUUCGCCCGGCCCACAGCGGGCUUCGUGGCGGGGCUGAAGCGGGUGCGGCCUUACUCCGUCUACCUCUUCAGCUUCGCCAUGUUCUUCAACGGCUUCACGGACCUCACGGGGUCCACGGCCGGCGACUACGGCGGCCUGGUGGUCUUCUGCAUCUUCUUCGGCAUCUCCUACGGCAUGGUGGGGGCCCUGCAGUUCGAGGUGCUCAUGGCCAUCGUGGGCACCCAGCAGUUCUCCAGCGCCAUCGGCCUCGUGCUGCUGCUGGAGGCCGUAGCCGUGCUCAUCGGGCCCCCGUCGGGAGGCAAGCUCCUGGACGCGACGCAUGUCUACCAGUACGUGUUCAUCCUGGCGGGGGCCGAGGUGCUCACCUCCUCCCUCGUGCUGGUGCUGGGCAACUUCUUCUGCAUCGGGAGGCGGCCCGCGGCCGCCCCGGAGGAGGCCCCCAAGCCCCCCGAGGACGUGAGGGUGGACUCCCGGGAGGUGGAGCAUUUCCUGAAGACGGAGCCCGAGCAGAACGGGGAGGUGGUUCACACGCCGGAAACCAGCGUCUGAGCCGGGGCGGCCGGCAGGGGCGCAGGGAGCCGGACGGGGCGCGCCAACGCUUGUAUUUAUUUCACAGACAGGACCAGUGGGCGGGGCCGUCGGCUGGGCACCAGCUGCCCGCGCAGCAGGUCAUCGCCCCAUCGUGUUUUUCGGGGGAGGUGGCGGGGUGGGAACGCGUCGUUCCAAGGCGGAUCUGUGGUGAAGCCAAGCCGCGAAGUUACAAGCCAUCUGCGCCAGGGGCCCCGCCUGCCACCCCCUGCCCCGAGCCCAGGGCCCACCGCGGGGCUUGAGGACCUAGAAACCCACGCCUCGGAGACAACACGACUUUCACUGGGGCAGGGCUGGGCGCUGCGGAUCGGGCACCGCCAUGACGGCCCUCCCUGGUGCCACGAGCUCCCCGUCCUGCCGGCUCUCCCUGGGCACCCAGCCCACCCCUCUCUUGAGGGUCUAGUGGACAAAGCCCCCCACCCCCGAAGUCUGGAAGGGCUGAAAUAAGCCUGCGUGUGGGAGGCGCCGCCUUCCCGGAGUGGCAGGAGCUGUGUUCCCCGCAGGGCAGCGGUCUGACCCGCGUGCCCGGGAUCUCACUUUCUCAACAAACAGCCUAGUUAUUUUUA